AUGGAGCACUUGUGCUCCAUCAAUGGACAACCAUGUCAACCUGAUAAAACCUUGGGAUGUUGUAGAGCUCCAUUUGGAAGCCUACAACCCGAUCAAAUUAAGGGGCUAAAUCUAAGGGAUUUUAAACUGUUACAUAAACAAGCAUAUAAACCAAGAACUUACAUUUUGGUUAAUAAUAAAGUUAAAGCUAGCCUGAUACUUAAUCUAUCAAGUGCAGACUUGACUAUUAUUAGAGUAACACUAUAUGAUGGUAAAAAUAUUAUAGUAGCUUCAGGAUACCUACCAUAUGAGGUCACAGACCCAGGUAGGGACCUAACUAUGCUCUUUAAUUAUUGCAAAAAUGAAAAAUUAGAACUAAUCCUAGUUAUGGAUGCUAAUGCACACCACACUAUUUGGGGGAGCAGUAACAUCAACCAAAGAGAAGAGGUUAUAAUGGAUCUAUUGCUGACUACAGACCUAAGUAUACUGAACAGAGGUAGUGAACCUACUUUUGUUAUCAGGAUCAGGCAAGAAGUCAUUGAUCUGACAGUUUGUUCAAAAGGGUUACUUCAAAAGAUAAAAGGGUGGAAAGUGUCCUCCGAACCUUCUCUUUGUGAUCAUAGGCACUUACGUUUCACUUUCGAAAUUAACAAAGUUGAGACGGAGUACUAUAGGAACCCGAAAAGAACAAACUGGGAUAACUACAGGGCAGAUCUCUCUCGUGACCUGAAUAUUCUACAGUUUAGAUUGGGGUCGAGACAGAGUACUGAAAGGGCUGUAAAUAUGCUACAGGACUCCAUUGUCUCGGCCUACAAAGAAAACUGUCCUUUCAUAGAAAGGAAAGGUACAGGGCAGUGCGUAGCUUGGUGGAAUGCUAACCUGUCCAAAUUAAGAAAGAGUUCACGUAAGCUCUUAAAUAAAGCAAUGAAAUCAGGUUUGGAACAACACUGUGAAUCCUAUAAAGACGCCUAA